AUGCAACAACGACGAGAUGAAAUUCUAGCGAAGAAGGCGAAGCUCGCGGAGCUCAAACGACAGCGAGAGCUUCGCGCAAGCCAGGCCACGGCCAGCAGACAGAGCACAGGAAGCCCUGGUGACCUAGUGUCGCCCAUCCCAGGCCGAGCCGAGAACCGUCGCGAUAUCGAGACGUUGAUCAAUAGUCUUGUGGGAGAGAGCAGACCCGGGUCUACGACAGGAGGCGCUGCAUCGCCGGCUCGUAGGGGCAGCCGGCCGAACAGCGUCCUCAGCGCUGGAGAGUUGAGCAUCGACGCGGCUUCCGAAUUCACGACGACGACCAGUGGCCUACAACCGCCAGCGAUACCAGCCCCGGCUGCGGCGCCCGUUCAGUUGAGCCUGACCACGGCACCGCUUACCACUAUAUACGAAUGCCCGCCUUCUCCCGUGAAGGAAGUUCACUCGUACAGCAAAGGAGUGCAGACGGCCGAAGAAUGGUCUCCGCCUAGCCGCGACAGAGCCCAGUCGCUCUCCGAUACUGAGGACCCGCCCGUGACGUCGACACCCAACAAGCGGUUGAGCCGUCGACAACGCGACAGGGAAGAGGAGUUGAGACAGGAUAUCAGGAAAGAGGUCGAGGAGGAGCUGAAGGCGUCGCUGGACCUGCUCAAGGAUGGGGUACUUCCACAGGAUGCACCUUCCAAAACCAAUUACCCCAUGCGCAAGCUUACUGGCGAGGAACUUGAAGCUGUAACAGGCGCUCCUGACUUUGCUGAAUUCCUGGAAAAAUCGACCAAGGUCAUUGAAAGGGCUUUGGAUCAGGAGUACGACAUUCUUACCGACUACGCACUUCAAGGCCAAGACGUGGACGAUGAAGACGACGACAGUGGUAAUGUUGGAGGCAAGGGUCGGAGGAGAGUGAAGGAGGUGGCCCAGUUCUUCGACGAGAGAUGGUCCAAGAAGCGCAUGAUCAGCAGCAUCGACUUUUCACAUCACCAUUCCGAGCUCAUGCUGGCUUCGUACACAAAGAAUCCUACCGCACCACACGAGCCGGACGGCCUUGUCCAAGUCUGGAGUCUGGCGCUGCGAGACAGGCCUGAAUAUGUCUUCCACGCCCAGUCAGAUGUUCUCACUGCCAAGUUCUCGCCGUACCAUCAAAAUCUCAUCGUGGGUGGAACGUAUAGUGGUCAGGUUCUUCUGUGGGAUAUGAGAGCAAAGUCGGCGCCCGUCCAGAAAACACCACUCACAGGAUAUGGUCACACGCACCCCAUCUACUCUGUCGAUAUCGUCGGUACACAAAACGCAAACAACAUCAUCUCGACUUCUACGGAUGGUGUGGUUUGCGGCUGGAGCAUGGACGUGUUUGCCCAACCGCAGGAGCUGCUGGAGCUCAAGGCGCCCCCAGGCUACAAGUUGGACGACGUCAGCCCGACAUGUUUGGGUUUCCCGCAGACCGACCCCACAUUCUUCCUUGUUGGUAGUGAAGAGGGCACAAUCUUCCCUUGCCACAGAUACGACCGGGCUGGUGCAAAGGCCGGUGUGGAUGCUAGAGUCAGCUACAAGGGCCACACUGCGCCUGUCAUGUCGGUCGAUUUCCACCCUGCUCGAGGGCCUGUCGAUCUCGGCGAUCUGGUACUGUCGUCGUCUCUCGACUGGAGUGUCCGCCUUUGGAAGGUCCGCGCACCGGCUGCGACCUCAACAGCCGGGGGCGAGCCCACCGUGUCUCCCCUCAUCGACUUCGUGCGUGAAGACGUUGUCUACGACGCUCAAUGGUCCCCGAUCAAGCCGAGUGUUUUCGCUCUCGUCGAUGGUGCAGGAUGGCUCGAGCUUUGGGAUAUCACCGUGGAGACUGAGGAGCCCGUUGCGAGAAUAUCGCCAAGCUCUCGCAAGGAUGGUAGAACCAUGUUGGCGAAGAGCUUGAACAAAGUCGCGUGGGAACCUUCUGAGGGCAAGCGCCUGGCUACGGGAGGUAUCGAUGGAGUGCUGACCGUCUUUGAGGUAGCCUCGGGACUCGGCGGCAGGGAGGAUUUGAAAGCGGAGGAGUGGACGAACGUGAAGAAGCUGGUCAAUAGAGUUGAGGCACACGGCCUGAGUGGAGCGAUGGUGUAG